GAAAGCACCUUGAGAAUAAAGGUAAUGAUUAAUCCAUCAGGCACAAAAAAGGAUAAAAAGAUCCUUUUGGGAUUUCAAAGCUUUUAACUCACUAAUUUAAAUAAAUUGCAGCGAACAGGGAGUGACAAUUUCACCAGGAGAGGAUUAAGUCACGAGCUGUAAUUGGGACAGUGCGGAGUCGAAUAAUCUUAUCAGAGUUCGCAAGGUAUUUAUGAGCAGUUGUCAAAACUUCCUUUUACACGUGUGAGUGAAGUAGGGAGCAGAAGAAGCCGGUACUGGUGGAAAGAGUGGUCCUUGAAGAAGCCACACAAUGCAGCCUGAGAAGGAAUGGAGGAGGAAAAGCUUCAAGCAGAGACUGGUGUUGAAGAGCAGUUUGGCUAAAGAAACACUCUCUGAGUUCUUGGGCACGUGUAUAAUGAUCGUCCUCGGAUGUGGCUGUGUUGCUCAGGCCGUCCUCAGUCGAGGACAUUUUGGAGGAAUCGUCACUAUUAAUGUUGGAUUUGCAAUGGCGGUCGUCAUGGCCAUCUAUGUAACUGGGGGUGUCUCUGGUGGCCACAUCAACCCUGCUGUGUCUUUUGCAAUGUGUCUCUUUGGACGGAUGAAAUGGUUCAAAUUUCCUUUUUAUGUAGGAGCCCAGUUCCUGGGAGCCUUCGUAGGGUCUGCAAUCCUCUUUGGUAUUUACUAUGAUGGAAUUAUGUCCUUUGCUGAUGGGAAACUCCUCAUCGUGGGAGAAAAUGCAACAGCAAUCAUUUUUGCAACGUACCCAGCUCCGUAUCUAUCUCUGACAAAUGCAUUUGCAGACCAAGUAAUGUCCACCAUGUUCCUCCUCCUGGUUGUCUUUGCCAUCUUUGACUCCAGAAACUGGGGAGUCCCCAAAGGCCUACAGCCCAUUGCCAUCGGCCUCCUGAUCAUUGUCCUUUCUUCCUCUUUGGGACUGAACUGUGGCUGUGCCAUGAAUCCAGCUCGAGACCUGAGUCCCAGACUUUUCACUGCUUUGGCAGGAUGGGGGUUUGAUGUCUUCAGAGUUGGAAAUAACUUCUGGUGGAUUCCUGUUGUGGCCCCUAUGGUUGGUGCUGCCAUUGGAGGCCUCAUCUAUAUUCUUCUCAUUGAAAUCCACCACCCAAACCCGAAUCCAGACUUCGAGGCAGAACCAUCGGAGGACAAACUAGAGAAACAUGAACUUAGUGUGGUGAUGUAGCGGCAUGCUCAGUUCUAGGUUUACAGUUGGCUGAGCUGAUGUUCUCUUCAGGAAAGAUGGCAUCCAGCUGCCUAUGUUUUCAUAAGACUGGGGUGGAUCUGCUCAAUGUUCUCUGCUAGCCACUUGGGACACCUGAUUGGAAAAGCAUCUGAAUGAAGUUUUGAAAACACUGACCUCUUCUCUACCAGUUCCCCCUGCCCUCAGAGUAGCAUGGAUUGUCUCCUGAAACAGCCUUCUCUCCACCCUGUUUAUUUCAUUCUUUCAUGUGAAUUUUUAUUGCUGAGUGAGUACUAGUAACUCGAAACUUUGACCUUGGACUUAUUUGAAUGGUCUCAAUUGCAUUAUCUGUAUGAAGCAGCAUCACCAAAAACCUUACUUUCAAACCCAUAAAGGUUACAUUCUGAAUAUCAACCAAAACUCAAUUGAAAGAUGAAACAGUGGUUUCAGUUAACAUAUCCAUGAGUUAGGGAACUAAAGGGUUAAUGCUCUAGCUUUGCCGUGCCACUAUUAUUUAUAAGUAUUGAAAUUCUCCAAACCCAGGGAUGUAGGAAGCAGUAGAAUGCAGCUGGAAAGCAUAGGAGAAGGACGUUGUGGCAUUCAGAAACCUCAGGAGACAAGAUAAAUUUGGGAAACCAAAUGGAAUUAUUUUAAUGGAAACCAUUUAUCAGAUUAAUCUCUUGCUCUUUGCAUUUUUAGAGGGCACCAAUUAAUUUCCUGGUCUUUAGUAUGUAAUAACCUAAAAUACAAUCAUAACCUCAGUCAUGAAAAAUACAUCACUCUGUAUUUUUAGCUCAAAUGUAUUUUCCUAAUUGCCCAUGUGAGGACAGACAUUUGACAAGUGAAGUCAAUGACUGGACUCGUCCAUUAUUCUAUGCAUGCCCUAGAAGCCAAAAUGGAAAGCCACUGGCUCUGAGUCUAGUAUAAUCUUCAGGAUGGAAGGUCCCUGGAAAUAGCAUACCUAUUGGGCUUUAGAUUACAGAAAGCACUUUCACACCUAUGACCUAAUUUAAUCCGCAUAGGGACUGUCUGAGGUAACUGCCCUGCCGGCCCUUUUCAGAUAUGGAAACAAAAUCUCAGGGAAGCCAAGUGAACGGUCUGGGUCAGGUGGAAAGUCAAAUGUCUCAUGUAUCCUACACCUUCCAGAAGGCCAGCCUUUACCGGCCAGCCAGAAGGAGCAGGAUUGGCAGCUGCCAGAAUAUGUACACCUCCUGGACCUAAUUCUCCUGGAUCCUAAGAUAAAAGGCCUGCGUUGUCUGGUUUUAUUCGCCCUGCUCUGGCGCUUUCAAACGAAAGAGGGAGCGAUUUGAUCGUAUUUUUCAUCUGCUGAAAAGCGUCCUCAGAAGGCCUCCUUUCCUAGGCCACUGUUGGUAUUGCUCAGUCUUGAUCUCCCCUCCCUACCGAUCCCAAACCUUACAUCCAGGAAAUUUCCUCUUGGUUAGGCUUUUCCCUUUAAACUCCUCUAAUUGAUGUCCUUUGGUCAAAAGAGUCUCUGUCAGUUACAAACAGCAGAUAAAUUGCUCUACGUCAAGUGAUGCACCUUCAGUCAAACUUAAAAAGCCCAGAAUUCCUAGAGGGAUCCCGUUUUCCAAUUGCUCUGCGAUAAUAACAGAACAACAGAAAGCUACCGUGAAAUAUCUCCAGUGGCCUGUGUUCUACAAUCUACUGACAUAUGGAGUUUUUUUCUUGCUCUGAGACUACUUGGAUAUUUCCUACUUGAAAUAAAAUUGUGUUUUUUGUUUAAGUUUU